AUGGUCCCAAAAGAAGGUGAAGAGGUUGAUCAGCGACCUGAAAUUGACCAAGAAGAUUAUAACGAGGAGGAAGACGAAGAUUUUGAUCCCAACAAGAUCCAGGAAGGUAGCGAUGAGGAAGAUGAAGAUGAGGACUUCAAGGGAGAAAACAACCGAUCGAAGCCCAGUACAGACUACUCACGUAUUGAAAGUGAUACAGGAGGUCUCGUGAGGACUAGAAGAGCUCGUCAAGAGGAAGAAGAGAGGCAGAAAAGACACAAAUAUGAAACUCUACAGGUGGAAUCAGUUUCUGAAAGUUCUGCAAACUUAUGGGAGGAAUUAAAGCAUCAGGGAUUGCAGAGGUUAAAAGGUGCUGAAUGUAAGAAGUCCGUCCUAGAUACUACCCAAGAUGCUGAUAACAUGAAUAAUAGUUCAUCAGAGAGACAAAUUUUAAUCAAAAGAAACUAUAAAUUUGCAGGAGAACUGGUACAUGAGGAGAAAAUGGUUCCUGUAUCCAGUGCUGAAGCAAGGGAAUAUUUGAACAGUAUUAAAUUUCAAAAGAGCCAAGAUGAUACGAAUAAAAAGUUCUUGUCAAGUGGGGUUGAAGAACAAAAUGAACAUAGAACUAAUUUAAGAAGACCUUUGAAGCGACCACCUUUAUUGGAACAGAUAGUUUCAGGUGCUCUAAAACCUAAAUUAACUACACUGGAAAAAUCAAGUCUCGAUUGGGCUUCAUAUGUGGAUAAAGAAGGUAUCAACGAAGAAUUAACUCUGCACAAUAAGGAUGGUUAUUUGGCCAAACAAGAUUUUUUGAGCCGUGUGGAAUCAUUUAAAGAUCAACAGUACAAGGAUUUAAGACAGAAGCAAUUGUCAAUGCAGUUACAAAAUGGAACAUAA